UCCGGCUGGCGCCAAGAUGGCGGCGCAGGGGCUGUCGAAGGCCGAGUACCUGCGGCGGUACCUGAGCGGCCCGGCCGCGCCCGCCCAGCCCCGCCGCCGCCGCAGGAAGAAGCCGCCUGGCGCCGCCGGCAGAGGCGGGAUGCGGAUCGUGGAUGACGACGUGAGCUGGAGCAGCAUCGCUGCGGGCCAGGAGAAGGAGGAGGAGGAGGAGGACGACGAAGGGGACAUGCCUGUGGUGGCAGAAUUUAUUGACGAGCGUCCGGAUGAGGUGAAGCUUAUGGAGGAAUUCCGAACAAAUGCUAAAUGGAAACUCCUCGGAGACCAGAAUGAAGACUCGCAGAGCUCGGAUGUUUCAGUCGCUGCCAAAUCUGCCCUCAGGCGGCAGCGCCACGACUCCCCGGAGGGCUCCCCGCCGAGGGAGCUGCGGCACGACUCCCCUGACAGAGCGCCUGUGGGCCCGGAUCCGGCCCGCGCCGGGCAGAACAGGAACAGCUGCAGCAGCCUCCCGCCUCCCGGGCGCCAGCGCCACGACUCCCCGCACCCAUCCCCACCCAGAAAGAAGCGCCACGACUCCCCCGAGCUCUCGCCACCGAGGAGGAAGCACAGCGGCUCCCCGGACCCAUCCCCACCUAGGAGGAAGCGCCAUGACUCCCCUGACCUGUCCCCUCCCAGGCAGGAGAGGAACAACUCCUGCAGCCUCCUGCCUCCCAGGCAGCAGCACCACGACUCCCCUGACCUCUCACCACCAAGAAAGAAGCGCCACGACUCCCCUGAUCUCUCACCACCAAGGAGGAAGCGCCACGACUCCCCUGAUCUCUCACCACCAAGGAGGAAGCGCCACGACUCCCCUGACCUCUCACCACCACGAAGGAAGCGCCACGACUCCCCUGACCUCUCACCACCAAGAAGGAAGCGCCACGACUCCCCUGAUCUCUCACCACCACGAAGGAAGCGCCACGACUCCCAUGACCUCUCACCACCAAGAAGGAAGCGCCACGACUCCCCUGACUUCUCACCACCAAGAAGGAAGCGCCACGACUCCCCUGACCUCUCACCACCAAGAAGGAAGCGCCACGACUCCCCUGAUCUCUCACCACCAAGAAGGAAGCGCCACGACUCCCCUGAUCUCUCACCACCACGAAGGAAGCGCCACGACUCCCCUGACCUCUCACCACCACGAAGGAAGCGCCACGACUCCCCUGACCUGUCCCCUCCUCAGCGGCAGCACCACGACUCCCCAGAUGUGUCCCCAAAGAGGGGCAGUUCAGCAGCAGGGAAGAGGAGCUGCAAGCCCACAGACAAGGCACAGUCAGGAAGGGCCCCAGGGGAGCAGCCUCAGCCCCGGCACGGUGUCUCUGACAAGUCCUCAUCGCGCCAGAAGCGCCAGGCCACCCCAGACCUGUCCCCUCCACGGAAGCAGAGGUACAGCUCUGACUCGGAUUCCUCACCGCCCCGGAGGAGGAGGACAGGGUCACCCAGCCUGAGAAAGCAGAGCAGAACGAAAGGUGCUUCUCCAGCCACGUCACAGCCCAGGCAGGUGCCCUCGCCUCAGAGGGGCCUGAGGCAGGCCUCCAGCUCCCCAUCCCCACGGAGAGGCCCCCGGAGCGCCCCUGAUGCAGAGCGCAGGCUGGGCCAUGUACACAGCAGGUCCCCGAAGCGUGGUCCUCUCAAACACAACCACAGCCAGUCCUCAGACUCGGAUCUGUCCCCUCCCCGACGGGCUCUGCCAGCCGGGAAGGAGCAGCGCCGCUCCAGGAGCCCCCAGGACCUCUCUCCGCCUCGCCACCGUGACGCCAAGGGAUCUCCCAAGAAGGCAAACACGAUGCUUUCGGGGGUCAAAGCUGGCCUGGUGUCAGCUGAUGUGCUGCGGAGGGAACAGCAGGAGCUCAGGAAGCAUGAGAGGAGUACCAAGCACUUGGAAGAGGAAUCCCGACACACUGAGACCGUCUUCCGAGACAAGUCGGGCCGCAGGAGGGACCUGGCGCAGGAGCGGCUGGAGCAGCAGCAGAAAGCUGAAGCCAAGUCCGAGAGGGAUGAGCAGUAUGCCAGAUGGGGAAAGGGGCUGGCGCAGGGGAGGCAGCAGCAGCAGAACGUGGAAGAUGCCAUAAAAGAGAUGCAGAAGCCGUUGGCCCGUUACAUUGAUGACCAGGAUCUGGAUCGAAUGCUGAGAGAGCAGGAGAGGGAGGGAGACCCCAUGGCUGAGUUCAUCAAAAAAAGGAAGGCCAAAGAGAACAAAGAGAAGAAAGAAAAGCCCCGGUACAACGGACCAGCACCUCCACUCAACAGGUUUAACAUAUGGCCAGGGCACCGCUGGGACGGCGUGGACAGGUCCAACGGCUUCGAGCAGCAGCGCUUUGCCAGGAUAGCCAACAAGAAGGCGGUUCAGGAGCUCGCCUACAAGUGGAGCGUUGAGGACAUGUAGGUCAGGUGAAGGACCACGCACAGCACCACUCCCGGCUGCUGCCUGGCCAGAGCUGUGAGGAGCAGCUCACUCCGCCUGGA